AUGGGUUCAGUUAUCCAUGCUCUGACUUUGCUAUCUACUUUGGUCGGAUGCUGCUUUGGCUAUGAGUGUGAUAGUUCAGCCACCGUAUGCGAGACGACUCUAAUCAUCAGCCAUCAACAGACCAUGUUACAUCCUACUGAAGGCCAAGUUUACCCUGUCAAUGGAAAACUGUAUAGAUAUGAUGAUGUAAAUCAAACAACCAUCAUUCCAACUGAUGAAGUUAUGACAGCUGAUGGCUGGGAAAACAACAGAUUGGUUACCGUUGCUAACGAGAGUCUCCCAGGUCCACCGAUCAUAGUUUAUGUGGGACAAAGGGUAAAGGUUCACGUUAUCAACGCGCUUCUUUCAGAUACAGUAACAGUCCACUGGCACGGAUUACCUUUAUAUGGUAGUCCCCAUAUGGAUGGUACACCUUUUGUGACCCAAUGUCCCAUUCUUCCUGGCCAGAAAUUCACUUACGAUUUCACUGCCGAUCCCAAAGGAACACAUUGGUAUCACUCUCAUGCUGGCAAUCAGCGAGCGAAAGGCAUGCAUGGAGCUUUCAUCAUUAAAGAGCGAACUUCAACAGCCAGAGAGCAUAUCAUGACAGUAGAAGACUGGAACCAUCACUGGGGUAGCGAUAUGGAUGUCCAAAAAAUGAAGAAAGCUCAAGUUUUUAUAGGCCGCAACUUACAACCAAUCAGAUCAUCUGUAGAUGGAGGGUUGUUUCUUCCUUUCAUUGCUUCCUCUGUCCUUAUCAAUGGCAGAGGUCGCUUCUACAACGAAACUGGUCAAGAUAAUGGUGCUCCUUUGACCGAGUUCUCCGUUGAUGCAGGAACUACAUACAGGUUCAGAGUAAUCCACACUGGUGUAAUGUACCCUAUCAGGGUUUCAGUUGAUCACCACAGACUCACUGUUGUCGCCUCUGAUGGAUUCGAAAUCCAGCCAGUAGUUGCAGAAUCCUUCAUCGUAGCGGCAGGUGAACGAUUCGACUUUGAGAUUAAUACUAACCAGACUAUCGGCAGCUACUGGAUACGGGCAGAAACUAUUGAAGUAAAUUCACAUAAAACUGAAGCUGUUCUCCGAUAUACUGGCGCAGAUCCAUCUCGAGACCCAAUAACUUCUAGAAAAGUUUGUUCUCCUACCAACAGAUGUCUGGUUGUCAACUGCCCGUUUGAAACAUAUCCAUCUGAUACUUAUACGGAUUGUAUAAACUUCGAUCAGCUCAAAUCAGCUAUCAAUGACCCACCACCGGAGCCGACAUCGUCUGACGAUUUCAAAGAACACCAUUUGAAUUUUGGAAUCGUCAUCGGGCGACCAUCUGUAAACGGAAUAGUUUUUCAAACGCCAAAGGUGUCAGCACUAAGCCAACCUUUUGAAGUCGGGCCUACAUGCGACAAAAACGAUUGUGGUGAAGACACGUUAUGUAAUUGCAUGCAUUCAAUCAGCACCAACUUCAACGACGUCGUACAGCUGGUGUUGAUGAAUACAGGAAUGGUAGUUCCUGCCGCCCAUCCCAUUCACCUUCAUGGCUACUCCUUUUACGUACUGAAAACGGGGUUCGGUACUUACAACACAACUUCAGCAAAGUUUAUAUCGCCAAAUAUGGAUAUCGAUUGUCGUGGAAAUGGGGAUAUGAGUUUUUGUAACCAAGGGACAUGGAGAAAUUCUACGUGGUUAGGAAACAACGUACCUGAUCUGAAUUUGAUCAACCCUCCGAAGAAGGAUACUUUGAACAUGCCCUAUGGUUCAUAUGCUGUGAUUAGGUACAAAGCUAACAAUCCAGGCGUAUGGAUGCUUCAUUGCCACGUACAGGUCCAUAUGGCACUUGGGAUGAGUUUACUUAUCAAUAGUUCUUACGGUAUGCACCCAGUCCCUCCAAAAGGGUUUCCCGUCUGUCAUGACUUUCCUUCCGCCUUUCGGGAACGUUUAGAGGACUACCAGCAGCAGAGUCCAACAACGCCGGCACAGCGUCAAAAUACUGCAACUCCUGAAAUCAGAUUAGUGACACAAAUCGUGAAAGAAGAUGAUAUUUACGGAAUCUCCUCGUUCUGGGCCAUGUUCGGAGUGCUAGUUGCAGUCAUACUGGUGCUGUCUUUCUAUAUUCUAACCAUUCGGAAGAAACUGUACCUGUACAAGAAGAAAUAUGAUGAUUCUUCAUCAGCAUCAAAGCAGGCGAAUGAUAACAGAAGUUUUUCGAAACUUUAA